AUGACCAGGGUAGCUUCAUAUACGAAUGAGAAAAUUUCGGCUACGAAUCGGAAACAAUCAAUAAUUCCUUUUGAAAAUUAUAUAGUAUCCGAUCAUUAUUUACAAUUAGAGAAAUCAAUUGAAUAA